CCGCUUGUUUUGCUGCGCACCAGAAUGCGCACCGCGGUGCCGCCAGCGCAUCCCGGCCCCUGGAGCAUCAUGUUGGCAGCAUGAACCGUGGACCGACCUGCUGUGGCCCGUCUCUCAGUGGAAUGGCCCGAGUCCAGGUGUUCUCAGCAGCCGGGGGGAGCAGAUGUGGCCGCGCCGAGGAGCCGGCCGGGAUCUGACGGAGCGCAGAGAGGACGACUCUGAGAUGCGAGAGACACCCGAACCAUAGAGAGAGACAGUCUCCGGCUUCUUCGUCUACCUGGAGCCAUGGCCUCUGAAGUGGUGUGCGGGCUGAUCUUCAGGCUCCUGCUGCCCAUCUGUCUCGCGGCUGCUUGCCUGUUCAGGUACAAUGUCCUGUCCUUCGUCUACCUCAUCUACCUCCUGCUCAUCCCGCUCUUCCCAGAGCCCACGUGCACAACGAUGCAAGGCCACACUGGGCGUCUGCUGCAGUCCCUCUGCUUCACCAGUAUGUCCUUCCUGCUGCUCCACAUCAUCUAUCAGAUUACCGUCAACAGCCUCCUGGCUGGGAACUCCAUCUCCUCCAACUUCAGCUGUACGUCAUGGGAGAAAUCCAUCCGACAAAUUGGAUUUGAGAGCGUGAUCGGCGCCGACGCUGGGAACGGGAUCCGGGUGUUCAUCCCGGACAUCGGCAUGUUCGUGGUCGGCCUGGCCAUCUGGCUGCUGUGCCGCAGUCUGGUCCAGAAGAGGCCGCCUGAGGACAUGGCGCAGUACAACGCAGACUUCGAGGCAGAGGACCAGGAGGAGGAGGACAAGCCCAGCCUGGACGACGACGUCCUGCUGGAGGAGGACCUGGAGGCAGGCUACGAGGCCGAGGAGGACGAGGACAACGACGAGCUGUAUGAGGAAGAGGAGGAAGAAGAGGAAGAGGAGGAGGAGGCCAAAGAGAGCACCAAGAUGAAGAUUCUGCGUCUGGUGGCGGAGGUGGCUUCCAAGGUGAAGGAGGUCAUUGGGAACCUGAUCACCACCGCGGGGAAAGUGGUGGUCACCGUCCUGCUGGGCAUGACAGGGAUCAUGCUGCCCUCGCUGACUUCUUUUGUUUACUUCUCCAUCUUCCUGUUCCUGUGCACCUGGUGGUCCCUCUGCCGGACCUUCAACACGCUCAUCUUCAGCUGCAUGUGCGUCCUCAUGGCCAUCUUCAGCGCCGGACACCUGGUGGUCCUCUACCUGUACCAGUUCCAGUUCUUCCAGGAGUCCAUCCCACCACAGGACAGCUACAUCAGAGUUUUUGGCAUCUCCCCCAUCGUUCAGACCAACUGCUCCUACACGUGGAAGCUCAUUGUGAGCCCGGAGCGUAAGUGGUACCACUUUGUCAACCCCAUCAUGCUGCUGAUCCUCUAUUACACCCUGGCCACACUCAUCCGCCUCUGGCUGCAGGAGCCCAUCGACCAGCUGAUGGACGACAAGGACGACGACAUGUGCGAGGAAGACGAGCAGAGUGGAAACCGAGCCAACAGGAAGAGGCAGAUGUGGUGGGAAGCCCGCCAAGGCACGGACGAGAAAAAUCUCCUCUCCACGCAGGACGGCAUCAGUACAACCGAGGCGCUGCCCACCGCCAACGGGACGUCCUUUGACUUCAUCACCACUGAGAACGGGCCGGUCUGCCUGGACCUGUACUCCACCCCCCAGUAUAAACUGGACAAGCCCAAUGACGACAUAGAGAAGAAAGACGAGUGUGUGUACGAAGUGAGUUUACCUCCGGAGGACUCGGCACCGAAGGAGUCAGAGGAUGAAGAGAACGACAUAAAAAAAAAAGGAACGAUGGUGAAAGUCUUCCAGUUCAUCAUGAAGCAGAGCUACAUCUGCGCUCUCAUCGCCAUGAUGGCGUGGAGCAUCACGUACGUCAGCUGGCUGACGUUCGUCUUCCUCAUGUGGUCGUGCGUGCUGUGGAUGGUGCGGGACCGGCGGCGCUACGCCAUGCUGACGUCUCCCUUCAUGGUGGCCUACGGGGACCUGGUGAUAGUGCUGCAGUACAUCUGGAGCUUCGAGACCAUGGAACCUGUCGCCGGGUUCUUCGUAAAGAAGAACAACCCGUUCCACUCGCUUUCAUCCAAGAUGAUGUGUCUGCUGACGUUCUGGUUGCUGCUCAGACAAACGCUUACAGAGAGACAAGAGAAGAAGAACGAAGACAGCGCAGGUCUCUCAGACGUCUUCGUGGAGGACCAGAAGAAGAAGGAGGAGGAGGAGUCGGAGGAAGGCGGCGAGCAGGACAUCAUGCACGUCCUCGGCAACAUGGUGAUGGGCAUGUUGGUCAAAUACUGGAUCUACAUCUGCGGCGGGAUGUUCUUCUUCGUCAGCUUCGAAGGAAACAUUGUCAUGUACAAGAUCAUCUACAUGAUGAUGUUACUCUUCUGCGUGGCUCUCUACCAGGUGAACUACGAGUGGUGGAGGAAGAUCCUGAAGUACUUCUGGAUGACGGUGGUGAUGUACACCAUGCUGGUCCUCACCAUCGUCUACACCUUCCAGUUCGAUCGCUCCGAGGUCUUCUGGUCGGCAUUCGUGAAGAGUGAAAGGAAUAAAUCGGAUGUUUUAUCUCAAAUCUGGCGCAGUUUGAAGGACCUGGGCUUGGAGCGGUUCUCUGUGUCUGUGCUGUUCACCAAAGUCUUCAUCCCCACCUCCUUCCUGUUGGCCUGCAUUCUCCACCUGCACUACUUCCACGACCGCUUCCUGCAUCUCACUGACCUCCAGGCGGUGGUGGCCAAAGAGGAAAGCACCAUCUACAGACUGGUGGACCAGGACGGAAGCCUGGCGGACCUCACCCUGCUCAGCGCGAGCUCGGUGGACGCUGUGCUGUUCCGGGACAAGCAGGGGGAGCAGGAGGAGUGGGGCUCGGAGAAAGAGAAGGAGCAGGCCCUGGUGGUGGUGAUGGACGCCGACGAGACCGACGAGAAACCCAGCAGCCUCUCGGACCAGCGCCAGUCCAGCAUCGACGAGAGUCAACGCUGCAGCGCUGCAACUGAACCAGAACCGAGCACCGAGCAGAGCUCAGACCUGAAGAACAAGUGGCACCUGGUGGUCGACCGUCUCACAGUCCUCUUCCUCAAGUUCCUGGAAUAUUUCCACAAACUGCAGCUGUUUGUUUGGUGGUUAUUAGAGAUCCACAUCAUCAAGAUCGUAUCGUGCUACAUCGUUAUGGUCUCUGUCAGAGAGGUUUCUUUGCUCAACUAUGUGUUCCUGGCGUCCUGGGCCUUUGCGCUGCCGUACAGCCAGUACCGGCCCCUGGCCUCCAGUGUUUGCACUGUUUGGACGUGUGUCAUCAUCGUGUGCAAAAUGUUGUAUCAGCUGAAGACUAUAGACCCUGAUCCAUACAACUGCACUCUACCAGGUACCUACACAGGAGCUCAAAAGGUAGAGGUUACGGUCUCUCCGCUGUACACGAAAAAGGGAGAUCCAGGAAACUGGGUGGGCCUGGAGAAGAAUCAAGACCUGCUGGGCUACCUCAGGAACAACCUUUUGAUGCUGGCUCUUCUGGCCUUUGAGGUGACCAUUUACCGCCAUCAGGAGUACUUCAGGCUGAGGAACAAACUGUCGCCUCCAGCGGCCAGAAUCAUCUUCCAUGACGUCACUCGCCAACACUUGGACAUCGGCAUCAUCUGCUUUAUCAAAUACUUCAUCAACUACUUCUUUUACAAAUUUGGGCUUGAGACAUGCCUGCUGCUGGUGGUGAAUGUCAUCGGGCAGCGGAUGGACUUCUAUGCCAUGCUUCAUGCCCUCGCCUUGAUCGUUGUCAUGUACAGACGGCGAAGGAAAGCCAUCGCUGAGAUCUGGUCCAAGUACUGCUUCUUUCUGGCCUGCAUGCUGACGUUUCAGUACUUUGUCUGCAUUGGGAUCCCGCCUGCUGCUUGUAAAGACUACCCCUGGAGGUUUCCAGGCUCCUCCACGGACUCCAACGUGAUCAAGUGGCUCUAUGUCCCGGAUUUUUUAUCAAAGCCAAACCCAUAUUUCCUCAUCUACGACUUCAUGUUGCUGCUGUGCGCCUCACUCCAGAGGCAGAUAUUUGACGAUGAGAACAAGGCUGCGGUCCGUAUCAUGGCCGGCGACAACGUGGAGAUCUGCAGAGACCUGGACGCCGCGUCCUUCAGCGUUCACAACCCCGUACCUGACUUCAUCCACUGCAGAUCCUACCUGGACAUGCUGAAGGUAAUCAUGUUCAGCUACCUGUUCUGGUUUGUUCUCACCAUCAUCUUCAUCACCGGGACGACGCGGAUCAGCGUCUUCUGCAUGGGUUACCUCGUGGCCUGCUUCUACUUCCUGCUCUUUGGGGGCGACCUGCUGCUGAAGCCAAUCAAAAAGAUCCUCCACUACUGGGACUUCCUGAUCGCGUACAACAUCUUCGUAAUCACCAUGAAGAACAUUUUGUCUAUCCUGGCUUGUGGCUACAUCACCUCCCUGAUGAAGAAGCAGUGCUGGUUGAUCCAGUUCUUCAGUCUGGCGUGCACCAUCAAAGGUUACAAAUUAGACACCAAUCAGAAUGAUCAAGGUGAUGGGAACAUCUGUGAGCUGCCCAAAGGCGAGGCAGGGAUCAUCUGGGACAGCAUCUGCUUCGCCUUCCUGCUGCUGCAGAGACGAGUCUUCAUGAGCUACUACUUCCUCCACGUGGUGGCGGACAUCAGGGCGUCACAGAUCCUCGCCUCCAGAGGAGCGGAGCUUUUCCAGGCCACCAUCGUGAAGGCGGUGAAAGCUCGACUGGAGGAGGAGAGUAAAUCUGUGGAGCAACUGAAGAGACAGAUGGACCGCAUUAAGGUGAGGCAGCAGAAGUUCAAGAGGGGCAAGGAGAAGAUGCUGAGCCUGGCGCAGGAGUCUGUGGACGGGCAGCCAGCCGUGCGUCCCAUCGAGGACGAGGAGGACGAUGACGGGGCACAGCGAGCGAAAGCCAAGACCAAAAAAAAGCAGUGGUGGAGGCCGUGGGUUGACCAUGCUUCCAUGGUUAGAAGUGGAGACUAUUAUUUAUUUGAAACUGAUAGCGAGGAAGAAGAAGAGGAGGAGGAGAAAAAAGACGAGGAGCCACCUAAGAAGUCUGCGUUUCAGCGAGCAAUCGGAAAGUUUGUCUCUGCUGUUCUGGCUUUACCCAAGUCUGUCAUUAGGCUUCCUAAAACUGUGCUGCAGUAUGUAGUCAAGGCAGGAAAGUUUCUGUACCAGGCUUGGAUCACAGAUCCCAAAGCUGCUCUGAAGGCACGAGCCAAAGACAAACGCAAAUUUUGGAAGAAAUACACCAAAAGAGUGAGAAACAGGAAAAGCAAGAAAGAUGCAGGUCAUGUGGCGAUAGAGGUGGGAGAUUUGUCUGAUGGGCAAGAAAAGGGCGAGGAGAACAAAAAAACAGCUGGACCAGACAACAUCAUCAAGCGUGUGUUCAACAUCAUAAAGUUCACCUGGGUGCUCUUCCAGACAACGGUGGAGAGCUUCACCAACUGGAUGAACGACAUGUGCAGGGAGUACAUCGACAUCUCUACGGUGCUUCGUAUCGAGCGCUGCAUGCUGACACGUGAGGUCAAAAAGGGCAACGUCCCGUCCAGAGAGAGCAUCCACGUGUACUAUCAGAAGGCCAUGAGGCUGAACAUCUCCAGGCAGGCCAGCAUGGAUCAGCUCAGCGACGACGAGUCGGCCUCAGGCUCCACAACGGUCCGGAAGAGACGAGGAGGGUAUCGGAUGGAGAGCCAGGACUCCACGGCCUCCAGAGACAGCAUGUCCAGCGUCUGCACUGAGGCCACCACGUUGUUUUCUCGCCAGUCCACUCUGGAAGACAUGGACUCAAUGCCAGAGAACAUUCCCAAAACCAGCGAGCGCGCCCGGCCCAAACUGAGAAAGAUGUACAGCAUGGACAUGUCCAGCUCAUCAGUGGACAGCGGCAGCAGCUUCAUGUCCAGUGAAACAACUCAGUGCGUCGUACUCUACUCCAGACAAGGCACCACAGACACCAUCGAAGAGGUGGAGGACGAGCAGGACCAAGGAGAAGACAAGCAGCAAGUGGAACCAAGGCAGUUCGAGGAGAGUCAGGAGGUCGAGGAGAAGCCAUGGAGUGACGGAGCACCCAGGGAGAGAGACUAUGAGGAGGUGGAUAAGGAGCCUCAGGAGGGACAAGGCGAGGAGGCACUGCAAGGAGAGGAGGCGCCAGAAGAUCAUGAAAAAGAGGGGACUCCCAGUGAGUCCUUGAGUCCAGACGAAGGUCCCUCUUCAAGGCUAGAGGAGGCAGAAUCUGCACCCUCUGCUCCGGAGAAUGACUUCAUCACGGAGAGCGACAACGGCGAGCAGCAGGACUUUCUGCCGACUGAAGGAUCGGCUGGUCUGCUCUACACUCCUGAUACAGACGCCUCCAAAACAUCUGACGCCGAGGUGCCCCCCAGCUACAGCAAGGCAGUCAGCUUCGACCGUCUGGAAGUCAGCGAUGACGACAGCGACACCGAUAGGAAGAGGCGUAUGAUCAUGACGUCCGACAGCCGCUCAGACAGCAGGUCCGACAUCAUGCUGCCCUCCAUGACCACGGAGCUGACCGCCAGCGAACUUCUGCUCAACAAGAUGUUCUACGACGAGGAGCUGGAGCAGUCCGAUAACUUCUACCAAUGCCAGCCUCUGAUCCUACAGUUCUGCUACGCCCUCUACAACAUGCUGGUGGCUCACUCAGAGUUUGUUUGUUACCUGGUCAUCAUCAUCAACCACAUGGUGUCUGCCUCCUGUGUUACUCUGGUUCUCCCCAUCACCAUCUUCCUCUGGGCCAUGCUGUCCGUGCCGCGACCCAGUAAGCGCUACUGGAUGACAGCCAUCAUCUAUACGGAGGUCACCAUUGUCAUCAAGUACUUCUUCCAGUUUGGCUUCUUCCCCUUCAACCAGGACAAGAUCAACAAGAACAAACCAUAUCACCCGCCCAAUAUUAUCGGCGUGGAGAAGAAGGAUGGUUACGUCCACUACGACCUGGUCCAGUUGCUGGCUCUUUUCUUCCACAGAUCUAUCCUGAAAUGCCACGGUCUGUGGGACGAGGAUGACCCCAAAGAGAAGAAGGAGGCCGUUCCUCAGAGUGAAUCUGACGAUGAGGGAAAAGACGAGGAGGAGAGCGAGAGGGAGUCCGAACCUGCCUCGUCGCUGAUCAGUGAGGGGAGAGGCUCCAUCCGCUCGCUGAGGUCCAUAAACUUCGGGAGUUCUAUAGAUUCAGGACAGGUUCAGGUCCAGCACCCUCAGCCGCAGACCUACCAGCGACGCAAGAGCUCCAGCGGGGGCUCGCACAUUUCCCAUCGCUCCCGCCUCUCGUCUGCAAGAUCCAAAAGAGGAAGUACCGCUUCCCGCAACAGCAGCCGCAAGGACGGCAGCCUGGCCAGCGCCUGUCAGAAGACCCACAAAGAGAUGAUCGUAGAGAAGCUGAGGGAGCUGCUCUUCAAGGCUAAAGCGUUCAUCAUAAAGCGGUUUUUGGAGCUCUACCUCCCCAUGAGGCAGUUCUUCUACAACUUGAUUCAUCCGGAGUACAGCGCCGUCACGGACGUCUACGUGCUCAUGUUCCUCGCAGACACCGUCGACUUCAUCAUCAUUGUGUUUGGAUUCUGGGCGUUUGGCAAACAUUCGACGGCAGAUAUUACAUCAUCGCUCUCUGAGGAUCAGGUGCCAGGACCCUUCCUGGUCAUGGUCCUGAUUCAGUUCGGCACCAUGGUAGUGGACCGGGCCCUCUACCUCAGAAAGACGGUCAUGGGCAAGGUCAUCUUCCAGGUCUUCCUGGUCUUCGGGAUCCACUUCUGGAUGUUCUUUAUUUUGCCAAGCGUCACAGAAAAGCGAUUCAGCGAGAACAAGGUCGCUCAGAUGUGGUAUUUUGUCAAGUGCAUCUACUUCGGGCUGUCGGCCUAUCAGAUCCGCUGCGGCUAUCCCACCCGUGUUCUGGGGAACUUCCUCACCAAGAGCUACAAUUACCUCAACCUGUUUCUGUUUCAAGGUUUUCGCCUGGUUCCGUUUCUGACGGAGCUGCGAGCCGUGAUGGACUGGGUUUGGACCGACACCUCGCUGUCCCUGUCCAGCUGGAUCUGUGUGGAGGACAUUUACGCUCAUAUUUUCAUCCUGAAAUGCUGGAGGGAGUCAGAGAAGAGAUACCCUCAGCCGCGAGGCCAGAAGAAGAAGAAGGUGGUGAAGUACGGGAUGGGAGGGAUGAUCGUGGUUCUGCUCAUCUGUAUCGUCUGGUUCCCGCUUCUCUUCAUGUCUCUUGUCAAAUCCGUGGCCGGAGUCGUCAACGCGCCACUGGACGUGUCCGUGGAGAUCACGCUGGCCGGCUUUCAGCCCAUCUUCACCAUGAGCGCUCAACAAAAACAGCUGCAAGGUGUGACCACAGAUCAAUUUAUCAAGUUGAAGAAAGGAUUUGUGACGACCGACGAGUCCAGAACGAACGAGGCCAUGCAGUGGCUGGAGACCUACUUCCCAGAGGAUCUGAUCAUCGCAGACCUGAAAGGCAGCUCCAACUCUCUGUGGACCAUCAGCCCCCCCAGCAGAACCAACCUGAUUGAAAUGUUGGACUCCGACGUGGAGUUCCUCAUAACGGUGUCCUGGUCGGUCCAAAGGAAUUUCAGUCUUGGAGCCAAGGCUGAAACGGCCUCUGGAAAAAACGUGAAUAAUCUGAGCAUGGAAACCAAACAGAAUCUGAUCAAGCUUCUCGACGGGACCGUGGGCAACGUGACCAUAACAGAAAUCAUCCCUCGAUAUAUUCGAGCCCCCAGUGACUCAGAUGCCACUCAUGUUGAGCAACUCGGUGAGAAGAUGAUUGACAUAAACCUGAUGUUGAUGCGAGCCCAGAAUUCUUCAGAACAGGUCCAGGAGUGGUGGAUCGUCAACCAGACCAAGCCCGGCCCGUUGGACAACCCGAGCGAGAAACCCGAUCGGAAGCUCGAUCGGAAAAACGAAGCCGGUCUGCGGAUCUACAUCUUCAGCGACCAAGUCAGCCCGCCCAGUCUGGGCUUCCUGGCUGGAUACGGUAUCAUGGGACUGUACGCCUCUGUGGUUCUGGUGAUCGGGAAGUUUGUGCGCGAGUUCUUCAGCGGCAUCUCCCACACCAUCAUGUUCGAGGAGCUGCCCAACGUGGACCGCAUCCUCAAGCUCUGCACCGACAUCUUCCUGGUCCGAGAGACGGGGGAGCUGGACCUGGAGGAGGACAUGUACGCCAAACUCAUCUUCCUCUACCGCUCACCAGAGACCAUGAUCAAGUGGACCCGGGAGAAAACUCAGUGAGACGGUGGUUGUGUGUGUGUGUUGGGGCGGGGGGGACGCUGGCGAAUAAUCGGAGCAUUUCAGAAACACCGUGUGUGUUUCAGCUCGCGGAGCAACCGAGGAGCGACUCCGUCCUCUUCAGCUGAGCUCGGACGCCGUGGUGCAGCGUUGGCUCCACACAGAAACACUAAUGAAUAAAAACUGGUACUUUGUACUGGUUCAGCAACGGAAACGGCCUCGUUAACGUUGACUGAGCGCAAAUCUGCAGCUGCUGUCCUCCGAUGGAAACGAACUACUGUAAAACAUUUUUGUACCUGCCCGGUGGGUCGUGAGGUGCAGGAAGUGGCUGCAGCGUCACUGUUUAAGGGCUUCCCACUGACAUCUCUGCACAACGAUGACCACAUGAGCACAAUCUCAACCCCCCACCCCCCUAAAAAAAAAAAAAAAACCUGGAACCUUUGGAUCGAGG